GGCGGCCCGGCGCGGCCCGGCCCGGUCCGGUGGGAGGCGGCGGCCGCGGCCGUGGCCGUGAGCGGGCGGUGGCUCGGGCCCUGGCGCCCCGGGACUGUACUGUACCUGGUGCGCCUCGCCGUGUGGCGGGGCGGUGGCUCGGGACCGGCAGCCGAGUGGCUCGGCCCGCCUGCGCGGGCUGUCCUCGUGCCGCAGGAGUCUGGCGUGCGGGCCCGGGAGGCGGUUGGGUGGGAUCAGCGGCACGGACGGCCCUGGACGACGGCGUGGGCGUCCGGUUCUAAGGGCGGUGCGCGGCGGAGGUCCUGCUCUGGCCUGGGGAUGAGCAGGAGGUUUCUCACGCCCGUGCCUCGGGGGAGUGGCACUUCUGUUCCUCAAUGGAAAAGGUGUUGAAAACUGCCCACGGCACAAUGGAAACAUUCAGACAAAACAGUCAUCUACUGACACUGGUGAGGAAUUGUUGGGCAGAGUGAGGGAAAUGAAGAGCUUCAACCAUCACUCCAGUAUGGCAGCAGCAGAAUCUGACAAAGACUCCGGAUAUUCAGAUGGAAGUUCAGAAUGCCCAAGUGCUAUGGAGCAGACGGAUUCGGAGGAUGUGCUGAAUGCGCUGUGUUGGAAUGCAGAGGAUGGACCUUGGCAAUGCCCGAGGACCACAAGUAGCUCCUUUCCUGCCCUGUCUCCUAUGGUUGUUAUGAAAAAUGUGUUGGUUAAGCAGGGGAGUUCAUCACAGCUCCAGUCUUGGACUGUGCAGCCAUCCUUUGAAGUGAUUCCAGCUCAGCCACAGCUAGUGUUUCUUCGUCCGUCGAUCCCACCUCCCAUUAAUCCUCACCCUGCUGGGAAAAAGAGAAAUGACUCCACUAAUUACCUGCCCAUCCUGAAUUCUUAUCCCAAAAUAGCACCACAGCCCUGCAAAAGAGAUCACUCCUUUGAUCUAGAAGAAUGUCAGGAAACCACUUGCCAUAAACGACUCUGCACAGAAGCACCCAAGAUGGAGACUUCUCCUGGACUGAUGAGCACAAGUUUGCCUACUAGUUCUUUUUCCGACCUACCAGUUAGCUUUAAGACCCCUCAGGAUUCUAGCCAGCAAAGUUCUUCGGCUCUGGUGACAAGUGGAAAACUGUCAGCUCUUCCUGGUUUUCAUCGUGUUUCCAACAAUGCUCAGAAAGUGCCAGGUUUGACUCCUCUUUUGCCUUUUGGAACUCUGCAGGCAGCAAAGUACACCCUUCAUGAGAGUGAGAGUACGUCACAGACUGCAGUGCCUUCUGCAGUGUGGACCCCUCCGUUGAUACCAGAAGAGAUUUGCAGCACCCCUGAGCUGCUCUUGCAGCAGCAAAGCAAGUGCAGGCGCUUUCAGAACACGCUUGUUGUGCUGCGCAGGUCGGGACUGCUGGAGAUCACCUUAAAAACCAAGGAGCUCAUUCAUCAGAACCAGGUGACGCAGGCUGAGCUGGACCAGCUGAAGCACCAAACACAGCUUUUCAUAGAGGCAAUAAAGAACAAUGCUCCACAGUCAUGGGCAGAGCUAGAAGCAUCCCUAACAGGAUCUGAUAAAGCUGAUAGCAACCUUGAAGACCCCACUUAUCCCAACAUGUAGUAAAAAUGCUCAUAGCUGUUGGUCAAGUUAUUUCUGUGCCUCCUUUUUCCUGUCUCAGACUUCUACUUGAGCAUUUUUUGAGUCCAAGAUUUGUAAAGUUGCAUUGCCAUUAACAAUUUGUCUUCAGAGCCAGCUGUGGGACUGGAAUAGCAUGGUGGGUUCCAGGCAGAAUGGGUACUUAGUACUGCAGUGUGACCUUGAAUUUCAUGCUAACUCUGUGUAAUUUGUUGGUCUGGUUUGUUUGUAUGUGCUCUGCUGGCAUGUUCCCAUUCUUGAAGUGAAAACAGUCAUUUGCAGUAUUCUGCAAGCAUCUUCUUAUUCCCAUCUUCGGAUAGUUGUUUCUGAGAGUGCAGCAGCAGAACAGGCCCCACUGUUGGGCCAUCAUCUGUUCCUAGUAGGUGGAGGGAGUUGGUGUGAGGUGAAAUAAGUCCUUCUCCCAUCCCCUUCCUUAUUUUUUUAAUUUAGAGAAAUUGAAUAGAGAGGAGAAUUUGAAGUUCAGAAUAUGUAUUUUUAGGAAGCGGUUGCCCUAGAAAACAAGAUGAUGGGCUCAGGGUAUGUAGAGAUGAAAGGGAGGCAGAAAAAAUGAAGUCCAGUCAUAGCUGUUUGAGACAAGGAAAAAUGAAUCUACCAGUGACCUUCUCCAUUCUGUUUCCACUCCUCUAAUAGAGUAUAAAGGAAUGAAAAACUUGCUUUGCAGGGCAGUACCCUCUGACUUAGGGAGACUUAGCUGGUGGAAAUCUCUCGUAGUGCUUAUAGUACCACAUGGACUUUUUCUCUGACAGUAUGGAGGGUGGGCUGAAGUGGGUGUGCUUACAGCUAAUGGGCCUUUCUGCUGGUGUAAUUUGUAUAAAUAUAUGUUCAAUAAAUCUGUGAAUAAAGU